UUGCGUCUCUGCAGGACUUGCCAGGGCCAGAGAGAAGAGGAAAUUUGCCUGAGAAGGAAUGCGAAACGAGGUUUAGAAUUGGCACUGCCACGAGGAAAACGAGGAGGUGCGACAUUUUCUAGGCUACGUGGAGAUCCGCUUUUUCUUCCCUUCAAAGGUGUUCGCCUCCCGACCCACCGCCCACCACGGCCCUCACCUGCGUGUUGCGGUGCUUCCCCUGUGAGCCGACCUGGGCUGGCAGUCCCUUCUUGCACCGCCCGCCAACCCCGCCCAUGGUCAGAAUGACGCGCUCUAAGACCUUCCAGGCGUACCUGCCUAGCUGCCACCGAACCUACAGUUGCAUCCACUGCCGAGCUCACCUGGCCAACCACGACGAGCUCAUCUCCAAGUCGUUCCAGGGCAGCCAGGGCAGAGCGUACCUGUUCAACUCAGUGGUGAAUGUCGGGUGUGGACCUGCAGAGGAGAGAGUUUUGCUCACAGGCCUGCAUGCUGUAGCAGAUAUCUACUGUGAGAACUGCAAGACGACCCUGGGCUGGAAAUACGAACAUGCCUUUGAGAGCAGUCAGAAGUAUAAAGAGGGCAAGUUCAUCAUCGAGCUGGCUCACAUGAUCAAGGACAACGGCUGGGACUGAGGGACAAGCAGUCGGGACAUGACCACAGCUGUGGAGGGGAGGGGGGGACUGGGUGGCUGGAUGGAUGGACAAAUGGAUGGGAGGAAGAGGGGGGGCAUGGUGGGUCAUAUGUGGUGGGUGAGUGUGUGACUUUGGUUUGGCUGAUUUACUAUUAACCUCUGUAACUCUCUGCCCAUCCCGCCCUACCACACCUCUUGAUGUAUACACACAACAUACACACACACACACACACACACACACACACACACACACACACACACACACACACACACACACACACACACACACACACACAAACACAAACACAAACACAAACACAAACACAAACACACAUCAAGGUCCCGGACAUCCCAGCUUGACAGAGAGACAGACUAGGCAGGCUUGUACGCAGCUAGCAGGACUAGGUAACUGGCCAGCAAUACACGACAAGAUGUCUCAUUUUCAUGUUUUUUUCAAAACUGAAGAUUUGAUAGCUCUUAAAAAGGUGAUAACGUUCCCCCUAUACCUGCUAGGAGAUAUCUUCAUUGUGUGAAGUAUUCUACCUUCUCUAAUAAUAAUGUUAAAACCAGUUGUUAACGGGUAAAUCAGUGGAAAUUUAGCCAGAAGGAGGCCAGUUGGCCUGGUGGUGUUCACUGGCCUUGGCUGAAGAGCUGAUGGACAUUCUCUCUGUCCAGAGCGUGAAUGAGAUGACCUAAGAUGAUUAUAGCAAAUCCAGCUGAUCGGGACCAUGCCAGCUGGGCCAGUGAUGAGGCCUGGCGCUGAGGCUUGGCACGGAGGCCCGAGCACAUGGACGUUGGGUUGUGGCGGGGGGAGGUGGGCCACUCACUCCACAUGAUGGGGAGGGGAAGAUCCUGAUCCAGUUAUGCAGUGGCUUUGAUGGCCUCUGGCUGGGAUCCACUCCAUGUCUUGCCAGUGAUGUGGUUGAGGACGAGCAGGGUGGGCCGACAGUGAAAGAGAUACAGACAGACAGCCACCAGCUUGUCCUAAAACCUCACAGGAAUUUGCCCUCGCAGCAGCAGAGCAGGUCUCCUGGGUUUUAUUCAUCCUUCGAUACACAGAGUCGUGUAAUGUGAUCUGCUGAUCCUCCCCAUGUGUGUCUGGUGUCGGCAGACGCAUUGUCCACCUUUGUUACUUGGCCAGAUAGAAUUAUACAACAUAAGCUUGUCUCAGGUGAGUGAUUUUGGCAGGGAUUCCCAAAGGUUUGCGAGCACUGUGGGUAUCUCUCUGCUGUUGUAGGUUGAUAAGCAAAGGUGACGAGGCUCUGUAGGCUUGGGAGGACGGCUAAUGAUCAGUCAGACACAAACACAACCCCGGUUAUCAUGCGAAUAACAGACCUCCCCAUAGUUUGAUCUGAAGAACCAAAUUGCCAGUGCAUGACUGGUUUCAUGCGCCAAGGGAAAUGCAAAUAGUAAAAAACAAACACAAAAAGUAAGUUAUUACUUACUUUUACUGAAAUUACAAUGUACAUACAUGACCACGGAGGUGUGCACUGUAAAUGCAUAUGUAUAAAAGGUAAUACCUAUCACUCUCUUUCAGUCUGGGAUGACUGCUGUUUAACUGCUGUUACACUGAACUUCACAACUGGCCCUCACAAAACAUUAUAACAAACCUACUGGGCAACAUCAUGAAGCAAUGCAUUAGACAGACCUACUUACUUAUUCUUUUGCUUCUUAAUGCACCAACACAUUACCUUCUUAGGUUUUCCCCCAGUUUUAGAUCAUUUUUCUCACCUGAGUUAACUUGCUAAAUAGUCCUCAUGCAUCAUCGGGCUUCGAGCUAUGACACAUGGGUAAUAUUUGAGAAAACAUUAAUGAGAAGCAUUGCUCAGGUACCUUGAAACUAACUUUUCUUUGCUAAGCCCAGGAUCUUACUUAAUGUGCUGGAUGUGCUAUUCUCUGAUGGAAAUGUGUUAUUUUCAAAUGAGAGAAUCCAUUACAGCUGCCUCCAUCCUGUGGAACGUUAAUGCAUGCAUGAUCUAAUACUAAGAGUUUUCUGACCAGUUUUGUGCUCGGCCCUCAUCACGUUUUUUGUGAAAAAAAAAUUGUGUGCAUUAGAGUUGCACUGAAACCUUGUGCUGUAAUACAACAUCUAAUCAGUUGCAUCCCAGUCCGUUUGAGCUGUGAGAUCCCUCUGCAAUGGCACAAAAGCACUGCAGAUUAAAUGUGAUCCUGGUUUAGGAAAGUUAAAUUAGUUGCCCUGUCAAACAUAGUUUCCUGUCAUUGCAAACAUUGCUCUGGACGUUGCCCUGUAUAUGGUGAGCCCUGUUCAAAACUCAAACCUAAACAGAUAACUCUUCUUCUUCUUCAGUAACACUCAGCAGCUGAUUGUUCAGUCGGAGGCUGUGACAUUAAACCCAGCACAACCAAAGAACCCACCCAUCAACAAUAAGUUGACCAAACAAAAGAUCUCAUUUUGCUUGGACAAAGUGUUGCAAAACAAGGGGGUGUGUGCAUAGCUGAAAGCCAAGGUUGUGGAUAGCCUUUCUCUGUGAUAUAUAUAAUGCAUUAUGAUUUUGUAAACAAAAGAUCUUAAUAUAUAAAUAUAUUCUAUUUACUGUAUUCACCAUGAGGAUUACCAUUCAUGUCAACCUCCGUGUUACAGACUGUAAAUAGUGUUAAUGUAUUGUGUUUUAUCUAUGAUCUAUACGAUGAUGAAUGAAUAUGAUUUAGGUCAUGUCAUGCUUUCUCUCUGGUACCCCACAUUGGCUGUACGAUACUACUUUUUUACUGAAAAUGUUUCAAUUUUAAUGUCUUUUGUAAAGGAGGAUGCUGAUGUUGACUAUAUAUCAUUGGAUCUUCAUCUAAUAAAAAGCACCUUGAUAUCUG